GCUGCUCGUCGAGAAGAAGACUCGCCACGGUCACAACCCGCGCGGGACGGUAUCCUGAAGCAGAUCCAGCAAACAGGCGAGUCGAGUGUCGACGUCAACAAGACUCUUGAACCUUCCCUCGCGUCUUGAUCCCGUCCAGGCAUCCAUCCAUUUGGCUGCUCUGCCCAGCGCGACAGCCGAGAUGGGUCGUAACGCGAAGGUGACCCGCACGCUGGAUUACCAGCGGCAGAAGAAGGCCCUCAAGGGCAAACCAUGGAAGGUCUCGCGCCACAAGGAGGCACGGCAGCAGCUCAAGGCACGACUCAAGGCAGAAAAGGGUAAACAAAAAGCAGACAGACAGACAGACAGACAGACAGACAUCUCUCUGGGGCGCAUUCGGAUGCAUAUGAGUACAAAUCAAUCGUCUCUCCUGGUCUCGCUCGUUUGUCAUGCACUGUCAUGUAUUGUAUAUGUAUGCAGUGUCCGCCCAAGAUAUGGAGGUGGAGCACGGACCUGACAACCCUGUGGCGGCAACACCAGCACCAGCACCAACACCAACGUCAGCAGCAGCAGCAGCCGCUGCUACCCCACCAGAGAAGCAGAGCAAGAAGGUCUCCUCAAGUGGUCCGCAUCGCCACUUCUUCAUCCCCGUCACGGAGAGGUCGGCCGACAGCCGCAAGUUUGACCCAUCACACCCAUACAAACAGGUGGGUGCCGGGGAAUGACUAGAUAGAAGGGGAGAGGGCCACACGAACGUUGGCUGCGUGUGUCGUCCGUCAGUGCAAUGACAUCUUGGCUGGUUGCUUCACGGCCUCGGUGUGUCUGUCCUUCGGCGUCCGCGACAACGCCGACAUCACAAUGGUCUUUGGCGAUGAGACCGAGGACAGGCGGCCGUCACUCACUCUCAAGCUCGACAACAAGUUCUACAGCGCACUCAGGGACCGGAACAAACGCGCCACAGAGCAGGUGUGUGCGGCUGGACGUGACCGUCCAUCUUAUGUGUGAUUUCUCCAUGUGUGUGUGUGUGUGGCCGUGCAGGCAGUGAUAUCUCUGAUGCGCGAGGCCCUCACUGCCAGUGAGUCCCCUGUCAAGGGCGCGACGGUCGAGCGGCUGCCGGGGAGUGCGUCCUUCAAGGCCGUCUUCCAGCGGUUUGUGCGGGCGAUAGAUCCGGAGGGCACAGAGGGGAAGCUGUUGGUGGUCUUGAAGGAGGGAGGGGAGCCGAUGCUCACAUGGCUGGGGCGGGUGCAGCGGGGCGGCAUGACCAUCGGCAGCAAGUGGCCGCACCUCAUUGUGCUCCUCGGCGCCCAACACGACGUGCCGCCAGAGGAGAUGCAGGUGGGUGUGUCAUGGCAUACACACAUGUGACAUCAACGAAACGGGUGGGACGGGAAGGCUUCGCAUCCAUCUCUCGUGUGUGUGUGUAUCAACAGGCGAUUCGUGAGGUGUGUGUGAGUGAGAGGAUUGACGUGCAGCCGUUGUCGCUCGGUCCCAUGGCGAUGCACGCAAAGGACUGCAUCACUGUCUUCCAAAACUACCUGGACGUCGACCUGCAGACGUAGAUAGAUGUCCAGACACACAGAUGUGACAGACGGACGGACGGACGGACGGGUGGAUUGGAUCGAGUCUGGCUUAACGUAUGCCAUAGCCUUUUCGUGUGAUGCGCCGUCGAUGUGAUGACUGGCCGGAUGAAUGGCAAAUGCAUUUGAUCGUCUCUCUCUCGC